AUAUAAGCACAAACGGACAAAGGAGUUUGAACAAAUUCCACUGGGCAACUCCAGCCAUGAUCUUGCAGUACUUAUUGGACUACUUUGACUUAAAGAGCUGGCUGAUAUUUCUUUUUGUUUUCUUUCUGUUAAUUGACAUAAUCAGGAACAAGAACCCACCAAAUUUCCCACCAGGUCCCUGGUGGUUACCUUUCGUAGGAAAUGUCUUCACUGGGCUUGAGUAUGAAACCAUUGACAAGCUUUCCAAAAAGUAUGGGGAUGUUUUUAGCCUGAGAUUUGGCAGUGAGAAAACAGUGUUCAUUUGUGGAUACAAAAUGGUGAAGGAGGCUCUUGUCACUCAGCAGGACAGCUUUUCUGACCGUCCUCUUAUCCCCCUGUUUGACAAGAUCUAUGAAGGACAUACUUUAUCCUUGAGUAAUGGGUACCUGUGGAAGGUGCAGAGAAAGUUUUUCAUCACCCACCUGCGGCACUUUGGCGAGGCAAAGAAGGGUCUUGAGCGGAGUAUCCAACAGGAGUGUGCCUUUCUGUGUGAAGCUUUCAAAGAGGAAAAGGGUCCUUUUGACCCCCAGUUCUACUUGAACACUGCUGUUUCAAACAUCAUCUCUGCUCUAAUAUUUGGGCAUCGCUUUGACUACCAUGAUGAACGCUUCCUCAAUAUCCUGCGCUUGGACACUGAAGCUAUUGCACUCGCAGGCUCGUUCCAGGCUCACUUGUACAAUGUCUUCCCUCGUCUCUUUGAUUACAUUCCUGGGCCGCACCAAAAGAUCUUUACCAACUACGGGAAGAUCAUUGAGUUCCUUAAAGAUGAGGUCAAAAGGCACAAGGAGAACUGGGAUCCCUCAGACCCGCGAGACUACAUAGACGCUUUCCUGGUGGAAAUGGAGAAGAAAAAGAGUGAUCCUGAGGCUGGAUUCAACCUUGAUACAUUAGUGUUAACCUCGCUGGACAUGUUUGAAGCAGGAACAGAAACCUUAACCUCUACACUACGCUGGGCUCUGCUGUUCUUGAUGAAGUACCCAGAAAUACAGAAAAAGGUGCAAGCAGAGAUAGACAGAGUGAUUGGACAGUCACGCCAACCCAGUUUGGCUGACAGACCCAACAUGCCCUACACUGAUGCUGUCAUUCAUGAGAUCCAGAGGAUGGGCAACAUUGCCCCUUUGGGUUUACCUAGAAGAGCCUGUAAAGAUACGACACUGGGGGGAUACUUCAUAACAAAGGGCACGUCUAUUUUUACAAAUCUGUCAUCUGUGCUGUGUGACAAGAACGAGUGGGAAACACCAGACACCUUUAACCCAGGACACUUUCUUGAUGAACAAGGCCAAUUCCGCAAGAGAGACGCCUUUCUGCCCUUUUCAGCAGGUAAGAGGGUGUGUCUAGGGGAGCAGUUGGCACGUAUGGAGCUCUUCCUAUUUCUCUCUUUUCUGCUACAACGCUUCACAUUCUCCCCUGGUCCUGGAGAGGAGCUGAGUCUGAAGGGCCAGGUGGGCUUCACCAACACGCCCAGGCCCUACCGCAUAUGUGCAAUCCCACGCUGAGUGAAGGGAGAUGGUGACCUGAGACUGUGGUAUAAGCUGUCUUUAGUUAAGAAUUAAUAUUCUAAAAGAGCAAAGGAUGUAGUCUCUUUCUCUCUGUCUCUCAUCCUCUCUCUCUGUCUCUUUCUCUUCCCCCUCAUCCUCUCUCCCUGUCUCUCUCUCGCUUCCUCUCUCUUUUUCUCUCUCUUCCUUCCUCUAUCUCUCAUCCUGUCUCUCUGUCUCUCUCUCUUCCCCUCUCUCGCUCUCUCUCUCUUCCUCUCUGUGUCUCUCCCCUCUCUCUCUUUCUCUCUCUCUCUCUCUCUCUCUCUCUCUCUCUCUCUCUCUCUCUCUCUCUCUCUCUCUCUCUCUCUCUCGGUGUUUGUCUUUAACUGGGGUAGUCUGUUUAACUGUCUAAAGCAGUAAUGUCUGGUUCUGUAUGAAGUGAUCAGCAUGAUUAUUAGAAAAUAUAUUACAGUAAAAUAAAAGCUGAGUAAAUUGCUGAUGUUGCCACUGAUUUUAAUGGUAGAACAGAUAUCAGUGAAAAUACACAGUUUGAAUGCUGUGAAUGUGUUUACUGUCUGUAGAGAUUCACACCUGAUGGGCAGCCAGACUCACUAAAAUUACAUUAUUAAUUAAGCAAUCUACUCUUAAUUUUGACUCAGUAUUUUCUCGUAAAUUAACUUAAUGAAACAUAGUAACAUCCUCUGCACAGCCUUUCAGGGAUUCUGAAAUACUUUACUGGAAACAGAGAAACUCUUUAAACAUCUAACCAUGAAAUGCAUGCAGUUUAAUGUUAAACCUUGUUUCUUACACAGUUCACAGAGGAAAUAUGAAAAGGUAACUAAGUAACUCAGUACUCAAGUAUUUUUUUAAAAACUACUCAUUUACUCUUACUUGAAUAACUUUAUUUACUAAUACUUUUACUUGUACUUGAGUAGAUUAUCACUACACUAACAGUACCUAUACUUGAGUAGGGAUUUUCAGUACUCUUUACACCCCUGUUAGAUUGAAUAGAUUUAAACGGAACAACUCUUGCAAAGUAUAUUUAAAUAAAAGCUGUACUGUAUUUUUCACUCAGUUUGUGUUCAUUGUGUCAUCACAGUAUACCUGCAGUUGAUUGUUGGGAAAGGAAACAUUUGAAACAUGACAUCUGUAACCUCAAAAUACGACAAUAUGAAUGUUUCAUGCAUUAUCUUUUAUGUACUAAAAUGUUUUGUGUGGUUAUGGGCAAUCAACCUAAAAAGUAAACAUUAGAGCAUGUAUAAUGUAC